AUGAGUGACAAGUUAAGGAUCAAUGUGAACGAUGUUGAAAUUAAGCCCAAAUACGUUUUGUACGGGAUUAGUACAUCAAACAAGCGCCUCUACAAGAGAUAUUCGGAUUUUUGGAAACUAAAGACACAAUUAGAGAGGCAAGUCGGGAGUACCAUCCCAUAUGAUUUCCCUGAGAAGCCCGGUGUAUUGGACAGGGUGUGGCAAAGAAGAUAUGACGAUCCAGAAAUGAUUGACGAAAGACGCAUUGGACUAGAGAGGUUUCUCAAUGAAUUAUAUAACGAUCGUUUUGAUUCUCGAUGGAGAGACACAAAAAUUGCACAAGACUUCCUGCAGUUGUCGAAGCCAAAUGUUUCUCAAGAAAAGUCACAAGAGCGUCAAGAGAUUGCUGACGAAGUGGGAUGGGAUGAGAUGAUACGAGAUAUUAAAUUGGAUUUAGAUGAAGGAAGUGAUGGCUCGCCCAGCGUGCGUGGAGCACUAAGGGCACGCACGAAGCUCCAUAAGUUACGGGAGCGACUAGAACGAGAUGUGCAAAAGAGGUCCCUUCCAAGCACCGAAGUGACUCGUCGGGCUGCUCUAUUGAGAUCGUUACUCAAAGAUUGUGAUGAUGUUGGUGCGGCAAACAUUGCUCAGGAUCGGGGACGACUUCUGGGGGUCGCCACGAGUGAAACCUCUCCAACCACCAAUGUUCAGGGAAGAACCAACAACGAUUUGCAACAGGGCCAGAUGCAAAUGGUACGCGAUCAAGAACAAGAAUUGGUUGCAUUGCACCGGAUUAUCCAGGCUCAGCGUGGACUGGCCUUGGAGAUGAACGAAGAGCUGCAGACACAAAAUGAGCUGCUAACAGCCCUCGAAGAUGACGUCGACAACACAGGUAGGAGGUUACAAAUAGCCAACAGGAAGGCAAGGAAUUUUAACAACAGUGCUUAG